AUAUCUAUACCACCACAUCGAUCAUCAGACUACAUACAUCUGGCCGUGGGCGCCGGCGAUGGACCCGUCAGGGGAGAUCCGGAAAGUGGCUAGCAUGCGGCGGGACAGUGGCGGCUCCGUGUGGCGGAGCGGCGGAAACGACAUCUUCUCGCGCUCGUCGAGAAGAGACGACGACAUGGACGACGAGGAGGCACUGCGCUGGGCCACGCUAGAGAAACUUCCCACACGCGACCGCGUACGCCGUGCCAUCAUUUUCCCGCUCCCACCAGCUGGCGCGGCGGGGACGACGACGGGGCAGCAGCAGGGGCUCGUCGACGUGGACGUGCUCAGCCUCGGCCCCGGCGAGCGGCGUGCGCUGCUGGAGCGGCUCGUGCGCGUCGCCGACGAGGACCACGAGCGCUUCCUUGUGAAGCUCAGAGAGCGCCUGGACAGGGUUGGGAUCGACAUGCCGACGAUCGAAGUGCGUUUCGAGCACCUGAACGUGGAGGCGGAGGUGCGCGUCGGCAGCAGCGGCAUACCGACCGUCCUCAACUCCAUCACCAACACGCUGGAGGAAGCAGCCACUGCGCUGCGCAUACUGCGCAGCAGAAAGCGGGCGUUGCCCAUCCUCCACGACGUGAGUGGCAUCAUCAGGCCUCGCAGGAUGACUUUGCUGUUAGGCCCACCUGGAUCGGGCAAGACCACCUUGCUGUUGGCGCUGGCCGGAAGGCUUGACAAAGACCUCAAGGUUUCUGGCAGAGUGUCCUACAACGGGCAUGGCAUGGAGGAAUUUGUGCCUCAGAGGACGGCCGCGUACAUCAGCCAACAUGACCUCCAUAUCGCAGAGAUGACAGUGAGGGAGACGCUCGCCUUCUCCGCACGCUGCCAGGGUGUUGGCUCCCGCUUUGAUAUGCUUAUGGAGCUGUCGAGGCGAGAGAAGGCGGCUAAUAUUAAGCCUGAUGCUGAUAUCGAUGCAUUCAUGAAGGCGUCUGCAGUGGGAGGCCACGAGGCCAAUGUGGUCACUGACUAUAUUCUCAAGAUACUAGGACUAGAGUUGUGUGCAGACACAAUGGUUGGAGAUGAGAUGCUCAGGGGCAUAUCCGGAGGACAGCGAAAGCGUGUUACAACUGGUGAGAUGCUGGUCGGGCCAGCCAGGGCACUUUUCAUGGAUGAAAUCUCCACUGGGCUUGAUACCUCCACUACGUUCCAGAUUGUGAACUCGCUCAGGCAAUCAAUCCAUGUCCUUGGUGGCACAGCCGUUAUCUCCCUUCUGCAGCCGGGCCCUGAGACGUUCAACUUAUUCGAUGAUAUCAUCCUGCUGUCAGAUGGCCAAGUUGUGUACCAAGGUCCCCGAGAGGAUGUGAUCGAAUUCUUUGAGUCUAUGGGGUUCAGAUGCCCUCAGAGGAAGGGUGUAGCUGACUUCUUGCAAGAAGUGACUUCAAAGAAAGAUCAGAAACAGUACUGGGCAUGGUCAGACAAGCCCUAUAGGUUUGUUCCAGCCAAGGAAUUCGCAACUGCUCACAAGUUAUUCCACACUGGGAGAGCUUUAGCCAAGGAUCUCGCCAUGCCAUUCAACAAGAACAAGAGCCAUCCAGCUGCACUGACCACCACCAGGUACGGUGUGAGUGGCAUGGAGUUGCUGAAGGCGAACAUAGACAGGGAGAUCCUUCUCAUGAAGAGGAAUUCUUUCAUUUACGUGUUCAGAACAUUCCAGUUGACACUAAUGUCAAUCAUCGCAAUGACUGUAUUCUUCCGUACAAACAUGAAGCAUGAUUCCGUGGCAAGUGGGGGCAUUUACAUGGGCGCUAUGUUCUUUGGUAUCCUUAUGAUCAUGUACAACGGCUUCUCUGAGCUUGCGCUCACUGUCUUCAGGCUACCUGUUUUCUUCAAACAGAGAGACCUUCUUUUCUAUCCAGCAUGGGCGUACACAAUACCCUCAUGGAUCCUUAAGAUCCCAAUCAGCUUUAUGGAGGUUUCUGGAUAUGUUUUCUUAACAUACUAUGUCAUUGGGUAUGACCCAAAUGUAGGAAGGUUCUUCAAACAGUAUCUCAUAAUGUUGGCAAUUAACCAAUUGGCAGCGUCACUCUUUCGAUUUAUUGGAGGGGCAGCAAGGAACAUGAUCGUUGCAAAUGUCUUUGCAAUGCUUGUUAUGAUGGCUGCCAUAAUCUUAAACGGUUUCAUUAUAAUAAGAGAUAAAGUGAAGAAAUGGUGGAUAUGGGGCUACUGGAUCUCCCCACUGAUGUAUGUGCAGAAUGCCAUCACAGUAAAUGAGAUGUUGGGCCAUAGCUGGGACAAAGUAUUGAAUAGAACUAUUUCCAAUGAGACUUUGGGUGUGCAGGUUCUUAAGUCCCAUGGGGUGUUCCCGGAAGCCAAGUGGUAUUGGAUAGGCUUUGGUGCAUUGCUGGGAUUCACAAUUUUGCUCAAUGUUGUCUUCACUUUUGCCCUUACAUAUCUUAAGCCAAAUGGAAACCCCAAGCCAUCAAUAUCGGAAGAGGAGCUGAAGCUAAAGUGUUCCAAUGUAAAUAAUGACAUUAUGGAUGCCAAUCCCUUGGCAUCUAGAACUACUCUUCAGCUAAUAGGAAACAACACUGAAACUAAUUUAGAAAUGUUGGAAGAUAAUUCUGGCCCUAGUCAAAGGGGGAUGGUUCUCCCAUUUCCCCCACUUUCUCUCAGCUUUGAUGACAUUCGAUACUCCGUCGAUAUGCCACAGGAAAUGAAAGCACAAGGUGUAGUUGAAGACCGCUUGAUACUCCUUAAAGGCAUUAGUGGAUCUUUUAGGCCAGGGGUGUUGACCGCACUGAUGGGUGUCAGUGGAGCCGGAAAGACUACGUUGAUGGAUGUAUUAGCAGGGAGAAAGACUGGCGGCUAUGUCGAAGGAAAUAUAAGCAUUUCAGGAUAUUUGAAGAAUCAAGAGACAUUCGCUCGUGUAUCUGGAUACUGUGAACAGAAUGAUAUCCACUCACCUCAAGUGACAGUUGAUGAGUCAUUGCUUUUCUCUGCUUGGCUCCGUCUUCCUAAGGAUGUAGAUUCCAACACAAGAAAGAUGUUCAUUGAGGAGGUCAUGGAACUUGUAGAGCUGAAACCACUGAGAGAUGCUUUGGUUGGACUUCCUGGAGUAAAUGGUUUGUCAACCGAGCAGCGUAAGAGACUGACAAUUGCUGUGGAACUUGUUGCAAAUCCAUCCAUCAUCUUCAUGGAUGAGCCAACCUCAGGGCUCGAUGCACGGGCAGCAGCAAUUGUGAUGAGGACAGUUAGGAACACUGUUAAUACUGGUAGAACUGUGGUUUGCACGAUCCAUCAGCCUAGCAUUGACAUAUUUGAACAAUUUGAUGAGCUUUUUCUAAUGAAGCGGGGUGGAGAAGUGAUCUAUGCUGGUCCAUUAGGUCACAACUCCUUGGAGCUGAUCAAGUAUUUCGAGGCGAUUGAAGGUGUCAGCAAAAUUAAAGAUGGCUACAAUCCAGCAACAUGGAUGCUAGAAGUAACAACAGUCUCUCAAGAACAUGUCUUAGGUGUUGAUUUUAGUGACAUAUACAAGAAAUCCGAGCUCUACCAGAGGAACAAGGAUUUGAUAAAGGAACUAAGCCAACCGGCACCAGGUUCCAGAGACCUAUAUUUUCCCACUAAGUACUCUCAGUCUUCUUUCACUCAAUGUAUGGCUUGUAUUUGGAAACAAAACAUGUCAUACUGGAGGAACCCUCCUUACAACACUGCCAGGUUUAUUUUCACUACUAUUACGGCCCUUAUUUUUGGCACCAUGUUCUGGAACCUUGGUAGCAAAAUAGACAAGUCACAGGACUUGUUCAACGCCUUGGGAUCCAUGUAUCUUUCGGUGAUAUUCCUUGGUUGCACAAAUUCUAUCUCUGUUCAGCCAGUUGUGGCCGUUGAGCGAACAGUGUUUUACCGUGAAAGAGCAGCCGGCAUGUACUCAGCAUUCCCUUACGCAUUUGGCCAGGUUGUAAUCGAGCUCCCAUAUGCUUUAGUUCAAGCUUCCAUAUAUGGGGUAAUAGUGUAUGCAAUGAUUGGAUUUGAGUGGACUGCUGCCAAAUUCUUCUGGUACCUCUUCUUCAUGUACUUCACACUGCUCUACUUCACAUUUUACGGCAUGAUGGGAGUUGGCCUCACGCCAAAUUACCAGAUAGCCUCCAUUGUCUCUACGGCAUUCUACAACAUCUGGAACCUCUUCUCGGGGUUCUUUAUUCCUCGCCCUAAAACACCAAUUUGGUGGAGAUGGUACUGUUGGAUAUGCCCUGUCGCGUGGACAUUAUAUGGGCUUGUUGUUUCGCAAUAUGGUGACAUCACCACACCCAUGGAAGAUGGCAGGACUGUGAAUGUAUUCCUAGAGGACUACUUUGACUUCAAGCACAGUUGGCUAGGCCGGGCCGCUGCCAUUGUUGUGGCUUUUAGCGUAUUCUUUGCCACCUUGUUCGCCUUUGCCACCAUGAAGCUCAACUUUGAGAAACGAUGACGAUGAUAAGAACUGGACAGCACCACAUAGAGCUGCAAAACAAAUGAUGUUUGGUGUAUUGCAAAACAAUGGAUUCUGUGUAUGAAUGAAUCAUAUGUGUACUAUUCUAUAUAUAUAAUAUUUCUAUCCUGACACUACUACACAAACAUCUUCACCAUCACUUUGAAACCCCCAUCAUCACUGGAUUUGACACUCGGUGGUGAUAUAUUGUUAGUGAUGGCCCACCUCAUCACCACCGAUUUAUAACUAGCGGCACUGUUGGUUUGGCGUAUGAUGCAACUAUGAUCGUCUAGUCGUAGUCGCAUAGGUUGGUUCCAGCAGUGAUGGCAUUUGGUC